AUGAAUGCAAAACCUACAUCUUUCGAUGGCACCAGAGGUGUUAUUGCCCUGACUCAAUGGUUCGAGAAGAUCGAGUCUAUCUUCAAAAUUUGCUCCUGUUCAGAAGCUAACAAGGUGAGAUUCGCCGCCCGUACCUUCAUCGACAAGGUGUUGACUUGGUGGAAUGGCCGAUUCAAAUCCCUAACCCUACCACUUGAAAAUGCUAUGGCUUGGGAGACCUUGAAGGAGCUCAUGCUUGCUGAAUACUGCCCGCGGGGUGAAUUGCCGAAACUGGAGCACAAACUCUGGAACCUAAAGAUGAAGGGUUCUGAUAUCGCUGCCUACACAUCUAGGUUUGAAGACCUAGCCCUCCUUUCCCCGGGGAUGGUCACCCCGGAAAGCAAAAAGAUUGAGAUGUUCAUUUGGGGAUUGAUGCCCCCAACCCAAGGGAAUGUCUUGUCUGCCAAGCCAAACAUGUUUGACAGUGCCAAGUGCCUGCCACAGACUCUCAUAGAUCACGGAGUUGAUCUUGAUGCUACGACGGCCACUCUUGAACCAGUAAAGGAGCGUGGUGAUGGUAAAAAGAAAUUCUGGAACAAUCGAAACGGACAAAGUUCACAAGGAUCCUCCAAGAAACAACAAACAGUGGCAGUCCACGCUGUUAGUACUCGUGUUGCUGCUCCUGCAACUCAAGCACCUACCAGUAUGUAUGCCGGUAAUCUCCCUAGGUGUGACAAGUGCAACCACCAUCAUCUCACUUCUAGCCCAUGUCGUGAGAUACUCUACAACAAUUGUGGCAAAAAGGGCCACACUGCUAGAAACUGCAGAACACCAGACCAACCAACCAAUCAAGCUUCCGGAAGAGAUGCCAGCCAAGCCUGUUAUGGUUGUAGUGAGGUCGGACAUUACAAAAGAAACCGCCCCAAAGCAGCAAUAACUGGCAACACCGGGAGAGUCCUAGCAAUGGGACAAGAGGAGGCCGUCGUUGAUCCCACCGUUGUCAUGGGUACGUUCCUCCUUGACAACUCUUAUGAAUGCAUUCUUUUUGAUUCUGGUGUGGAAAGAAGUUUUGUUAGCCAUUCAUUCAAACAUCUUCUUAAUCAUGAACCCCAAUCAUUAACCAAAAUAUUUACUGUCGAAAUGGCUAACGGUGAAAAAGCACUAAUGACAUAUUCUGCGGCUACACCCUUAUCUUAA